AUGCUGCAGAAGUCGGUUAUCCACCGCAAAAGGAAUCACUCUCCCGAUUCUAGCCGGCCAGAUUGGUUCUCUGAGAGCCUGCAAACGCUACUGUCGCAGCCCAACUGCAGGAGGAAGAUGCAGUUGCCAUGUGUGGCCCUUGAAAGAAGCUGCGAUCAUGGGCAUUACAACAACCACACGGUCGGCGACCACAACCUGCACGUCCCGUGCACGAAGUUUGCUGGUUCAAGGUGUCGCUUGCUAAAGCAUCGUCGUGACAUCAACGCAGUUCUCUUGGAUGCUGGCUUGGAGCUGCGCGAAGACAAGCGAAGCAAGAACAACGGUGACGUCUGCAUUGCACUCGUUCGAGCGAGCAUUUGUGGACGCGUCUUCUUCGGCUCACUAAUGGAUUUGCGCAAAAGAAAGGCACUGCGUCUGGUUGAGAAACUUCUCUCCGAGCACAGCUGCAUCACAGCUGUGGAAAUGCACAGCAGCGCGAGGCAACACCUUUCGUUGCUAACAGCGCUGCAACACCAUCGCUUUGUGAGAAGGCUUACUUUCUACGGCAGACUUAAAAAACGUGAUGUGGCAUAUGUGGUCGAGGCGACGAAUUCUAUCUCGCAGGUCGACGAGCUUGCAUUCAAGGCGUAUAAUUUCGAGGCAAAUUUGGGAAUGAACAUGCACAUGUCUGGCUACCUACACCUGCUACAAAUGCACCAUCUCGCGACCCUCGACGUGGCCAACUUGGUAAUGCACCCAGAAGAAGCAAGUCAAGUCAUCCUGGAAUUGACGCUGUCCAGAAUUACCGACCUCGCCGUCGGUGAGUCCGUGUACAGAUGUGGUGAAAAAGGAUCCGGCACGAUAUUCGCCCGGUACCUCGCCAAGAACGACUGCUCGUUGACAAAACUCACCCUGCAGUCAAACAACCUUCGUGGCAGUGGCAGCGAUAACCUUCCUAUGACCUUAAUCAGUGCUUUGUGUAGGAUGACUACGUUGGAGGAACUCAAUGCCGACAUUAUAAUGAAAGAUGAGAACUUCAUGGCUACCUUCGCCCUCUUCGCCGAAAUAGUUGCACGGAACGCCACUCUGCGCCGCCUGAGGCUGCCUUCCACGGACUGCGAAUACUGCUCGUUAGACUGGAUCCCAGCGGCCCAACCACCGCACCCCGAUUCCGCAAAAUACAUGGAGCCGUGGCUCACCGCUCUGCGCAAGCCGAACUCGGCGCUCGUUGCGCUUUGCGUUCACUUGCGCUGCUUCGCAGAAGCAGAGUGCUGCGCUUUCUUCCACGCCCUCGCAGACAACGACACCCUGAACUUAGUCACAGUCUCUUCCAUGGCCCUUGUCGGCAGUGUUCACAACGUCUGUAGAACAAUAAGAGAGAGCGGCCUGUCCGAUAGAGUUAUCAUCACCGACCAUCACGUGAACCUUGCGGACGUAACAGAUUUGCCCCACUGCCCAGAAAUCAGUGGCGUAAACAUCGAACCGAGCCAUUUUCUCUUCGAGGAAGACAACAUGGAGCGACUUUGCUCGGCGUUUGAAGUGCUCAGUCACUGCAAACACGUGACGUCACUUGAUGUUGGGUGCUACUGUUUCGAUCGCACGGCUUUCUCCGCCUUGACAACGUGUAUUCGAGGCCAUCCUGCGCUCACGGACGUUGCGAUAAACCUGGAUUAUUAUUGGACCCAAAUGACAGAAGAGGAGUACACGGAUGUUGAAACCGAAUUGUUCUCGGCGCUGGCAUCCAACCCAAAUCUCGUCAAAAUCAGCGUCGUGGGAGCGAUCUUGUCCGCCGACAACUUUAACCUCCUCUCGGAUGGUUUUCGCAGCAGUCGGAGCCUUAUCAAAUUUCGCCUGACUCCAAGCUGUAUUACUGGUGCGAUGCACGAUGACGAGUGUUCCUGGCAUCUGGUCCUGCGGUGGAAUGAAGCAAGCAACUCCAUGAACACCGGGGUAGCUGGUAUGCAGGAAUGCACCACAAGGAACGAUUCCCUCGUUCGGGCGGCCAUUCAUUUUGUCCUCGGCGAGCGAGACGAUGUCAAGGGCGCUCGAGCCAUCGAACUGGUACACGACCACCCGAGAGUCCUCGAACGAAUCUGGAAGCGUGCUGCUGUAACCAAGACCGAAGCCACGAAGAUGAUCGCAAGCGCCCUCUGGCGCGUCCGCUACUGCAACGUCCACGAAUUCAUGAGACUGGCCGGAGUCGUGAAGAAUAAUGUGCAGUGUCUGGACAAACCCACAGUCGAGCUGCAGCUUCUCGACAUCAACGAUUAUUGCUGGCUGCGCAUCCGAAGCUUCUUAAAGAUAGAUGACGUUGUGGAAGUUUGA